AUGUGGAACAGUCUCCCGAAUGAUCGACGUAAGGUAGAGAACUACAAAGAAUUCAGGAGACUGCUCCAAAUAUCAAAAUCCAGAAAUAAAACCAGCCUUCUAACCAGAUUCAGUUCAGAUGGAACAGAAACAGCAAGCCCUGAACAAACCCGUCCUGUUCCCGUCCUAAUAGUCAGUUACAUGAGGAGCGGAUCAACCUUCACGGCUGACGUCAUAAACAGUUAUGAAUCGUCGUAUUACAUAUUUGAACCAUUGAGAAACGUUAUUAAGAAAAUGGAAAAGGGAUCUCCUAUUGAAUUGAUAAAUGGAACAGUCGUAUCAGAAUUCAAACAUUUGGCUGUCUGGAUUGCCGAUUUUUUAUUUUCUUGGCUAACCUGUGACUAUGACCAGCUUGAUAAGGAAUCUGUUAUCAAUAUUGCUUACAAUAUUCCAACAUCUUUUCAGAACUGUCUAAGAAAGUUCAAACGUAUCAAAAAGGAUUCUUUUUUAAAUACUUGUAUACAACUUUUACAAAUGCAAUGUGAAUCUAGUAAAUUACGUUUAGUUAAAACAAUCCGUGCACACAUGAAGACUACAGUUGAAAUAUUGCUCAAAAGGAUUCCUGGACUAAAAGUGGUCCAUUUGUUUCGUGAUCAAAGACCACGCCUUCUUUCGGCGGAAAACACGCCAACCAUGAUGAAUCAACCUUUACAACAAACUGCAAAAUUAGAAUGUUCCCGUAUUUAUGAAAACAUUGCUAUGCACAAGGUGUUGAAACAACAAUAUCCUGGUCAAGUGGAAACUCUGUUGUAUGAAAGGUUGGCCGAACAUCCAAUUUCGACAGCAAAGCGCAUCUACAAAUUUCUUAAUUUGCCAAUAACAAAAGAAUCUAUUACGCACAUUCAAAAUAUGACAUCGGCGCCACACGAAAGCAAAUGUAACUUUUGCACCAAGAAAAUGAAUUCUACAAAGACAGCCCAUGCCUGGAGAAAAAAAAUGUCUUCAGAUUUCGCAAAGAUUAAGAUGAUAGAGUCUGAAUGCGAGAAUGUUCAAAACGUUCUUGGUUAUAUGCCAGUAAAGAAUAGUGAAGAACUGAUAAACACUUCGAAAAUAUUAAGAGAAGUUACCCCUUUCACGGCUGAUACCCUAUAGAUUUAUUAUGUUAAUUCCUAAUUUGUACCAAAUCUUAAGAGAUCUUUCCAAAACCUUUGCGCUCUGUUAGUAUCAAUUUCUUUUAAAAUACGUACUUAAGGAUAUAGAUUAUUAACUAUUCGGCUACAGUAAUUGAUUUCGCCAUGAUAUCGUAUAUUUCAAAUCGGUAAAUACAAGGCAUCAACACUGUCGUGUAAUCACUAUUGGUAAAAUGCAACAAACACAUUAAGGAGUGGUCUUGUUCCAUAUUAACUAUUCCGUAUCCAAUGUCUUUUAAGUUGGUACAAGUAUCUCAAAUCAUUCUAUUAU